AUGCCUUUCAAGCGCAAGAUCCCGAGCGCGGUGAGCGCCGAUGAGCCUACCGCCACUCCCUCAAAGCGUAUUCGCAACAACGCUGCAGCAACACCAAUUUCUGUGACACCGAAGUCUGCGUCUGCAGCAACUCCCCAGACCGGCGAGAAGAGAGGCCGAGGCCGCCCGCGCAAGAACCCUGAGACCGCGACCCCCAAGCCAGCUUACGAUGGCCCUAAGCGUGGCCGAGGCCGCCCGCGCAAACUUACCUCCGAGACACAGCCAGAGGCCCUGACUCCGGGUGGUUCUAAGAAGGGCCGGGGUCGUCCCCGCAAGGACUCAGGCGACGCGGCACCAACCGCAACACCCGAGGCUAAGAAGAAGGAUGGCCGUGGACGUCCUCGUAAGGUAACAGAUGACGCCACGCCAUCAACUCCCGCUAUCAAGAAGAAGGAUGGCCGAGGCAGACCUCGCAAGAGCAUUCAGCCAAAUGGAGAGGCCGAGUCCAAGAUACAGUCCCCUCCGGCAGCUCUGCCUGCUGCGGAAACCAUUGACACCGACCGCUCUUUUUGGCUUAUGAAGGCCGAGCCUGAGUCGCGCAUUGAGAAAGGCAAGGACGUCAAGUUCUCUAUUGAUGACCUUGCUGCUGCCGAUAAACCAGAGCCUUGGGAUGGUGUGCGCAAUCACGUCGCCAAGAACCUCAUGCGGGACAUGAAGAAGGGAGAUUACGCUUUCUUCUAUCACUCCAACUGCAAAGUCCCAGGUAUCGUUGGAGUCAUGGAAAUUGUCCAGGAACACUCUGUUGACGAAUCUGCCUUCGACCCCGAGCACCCCUACUACGACCCUAAGUCCAAGCGAUCCGACCCCCGAUGGGUGGCUGUGCACGUGGAAUAUCGCCGCAGGCUUGCAAAGCAGGUUACCCUUCAAGAUUUGAAGGCUCACGGUGAAGCCGGCAAGCCACUCGAGAGUUUGCAGAUGAUCAAGCAAGGUCGACUUAGCAUUUCUUCUGUGACCCCGGCGCAAUGGCGUUACAUCCUUGAGCUGGCGGGCGAGAAGCCACAGGAGGAGUUCACCAAGCUGGCAGACCAGGAGGGAUCACAGGAGGAGCCAAAGCAAGAGGAGUCAAAGGAGGAGUCUAAGGAAGAAUCCAAGGAGGAAUCCAAGGAGGAGUCGAAGGAGGAGUCGAAGGAGGAGUCGAAGGAGGAGUCGAAGGAGGAGAAGCCACUCGAAGGAAUCUAG